AUGACCGAAGAGAAAGCUCCCUUAGCCUUCUUAGCGUUGGGUGUAGCAUCAAAUUCAGGGCAUCAGCUGGGCAUCAGCUGGUUUUGCCUUGAACGAAGAGAAAACUCCCUUGGCCUUCUAGCGUUGGGUGUAGCAACCAGGGCAUCAGCUGGUUUUGCCUUAAGCAGUAUUGAAGAAAGCAUAAGCAAGGAAUCAAUUGGAAUACCCCCCAAAAACGAGAUGAAAUUUUUGAUUGUCUUCGCCUUGGUGGCUGCCGCUACUGCUCAGCUGAGCAAUGAAUAUUUGCCUCCCCAUGCUGAAUCCUCCUACAGUGUAGCUGCAUCAGCACCUGCUCCUGAAAUUGCCUAUGCUGCUCCAUCUUAUUCUGCAGAAAGUUACGAUGUUGGAGCUGCUUCUGAGCCCGCCCACUCGUACUCCUCCGAUGAGGGUUAUCGUUAUAAGACCCAACGUCGCCGUGUCUAUCGUCAUCGCCACCGUCGUGAUGUGUCCACUGAAUAUUUGCCACCUGUAGCUGCUUAUUCGGCUCCAGCUGCCAGCUAUGCUGCCCCUGCUGCUUCCUACUCCGCCCCAGAUGCUUCCUACUCUGCUCCAGCUGCUUCUUAUUCCGCACCAGCUGCUUCCUACUCUGCUCCAGCUGCUGCUUCCUAUGAAACCUAUGAUGUCUCUGCUUCUGCCCCAGCUCAUUCCUACUCUUCGGAUGAUGGUUAUCGUUAUAAGACCCAACGUCGUCGUGUCUACAAAACUGCUCGUCGUCAUCGUCGUGAUGUCUCUACCGAAUACUUGCCACCUGUAGCUUCCUACUCUGCCCCUGCUGCUUCCUACUCGGCUCCUGCUGCUUCCUACUCAGCUCCCGCUGCUUCCUACUCAGCCCCCGCUGUUUCUUACUCUGCUCCCGCUGCUGCUUCAUACUCAGCUCCUGCUGUUUCUUACUCUGCCCCCGCUGCUGCUGUGUCCUACUCUGCCCCCGCUGCUGCUUCUUACUCCGCCCCAGCUGCCUCCUAUGAAACCUAUGAUGUUUCUGCUUCUGCCCCAGCUCACUCCUACUCUUCGGAUGAUGGCUAUCGUUACAAGACUCAACGUCGUCGUGUCUUCAGAACUUCUCGUCGUCAUCGUUUCUAA